CGUUGUCUCACGGGUGUAGUUUUCUUCGUUCGAAGAUGUAGUUGAAAAAAGUUCUACAACUGACCAAAACGUCGAAGAUGCGUGUCUUGACAUAAACGCAUCAUGUACACCAGCACCAGCUUGAACAUGCGGGCGGCUACUCGAACCGUUUGGGCUUUGGCUUCCGGUCCGCUCUAGGCCCAUUUUUCGCGCAUCACCUACUUCUCGUCGUGUCGUGGUCAGUACCUAAAUUUCCACUCCACCAUUUUAUCAAAAUGGGUUGUGCCUUUUCUUCCCCCCAGCAUCAUCCCGGCAAUGAGGCAUCAACAUCGCCACGAAAUGGGGACGAGAACUCCCUACCCAGCACUUCUGCCAAAAAAUCUCCCGGCACAUCACACCAGCCACUGACUCCGUCCCGCACAGGACCUCCAGAAUCCAAUACAACGACCACCACCGGCGGCCGGCACGCGGGUAAGCUGCAUCACAACCAGCAAGAUUUCAUGCUGGAUGGCGCGUCUGCUAUCGCGGGGGAGCGCAACGUUGCCGGGCACAAGGUGGCGAAAAGACCGAAGAGCAACGAAGAUUUGGUCUUGAUCCGGGAGUCGUUAAAAAAGAACAGCGUCAUCAAAGCGCUGCAGGAACGGGAAGUGGAGCGAAUAGUAAACGCACUGGAAUUCUACUCCUUCGGCCCCGAGGAGACGGUGUGUCAGCAGGGGACGCAGGGGACAUAUUUCUUCAUCGUGCACGAGGGGAAAUUUGACGUAUUAGAAGAUGUGACUACAGAUGAGAUCUGCUGUCUGACCUGAAGCUGCAUUUGAGAAAGUUUGUCUGGGCGAUUUCAACUGCCUAUUCUAGUACGAUGAUCAUAAUUUUGCAAUGCAAACUACAAUGUCAGGUUCUCGUGAACGGGAAGAAGGUAAACAGCCUAGCGCGUGGAGAAUCCUUCGGCGAAAUUGCAUUGAUCCACAACUGCCCAAGAAGCGCGAGCGUUGUUGCCCAAAGCACCCGAUCGCCGAGGGAGCACCAGGGAACUACAAGUGCUGGGGCAGCAGUGACACUACAUAAUGCGCCGAACAGCAGCAACGAUGUUGACAGUGCAAUGGCGGGUGGAACAAUAAUUAACGACAGGACCACGCUUCUCGAGCAAGAGUCUCCCAGUUCCAAGCACUUCGAGCUGUGGGGGAUUCCGAAUCACGAGUUUCGGAGCAUUAUGCGGCAAAUUUCGCAGGCUCAAGUGGCGGAGAACAUGAUUUUGUUGAACAAGGUCCCACUCUUCGACAUGCUUCUGCCACAGCAAAAGAACAUCAUCUGCGACGGGGUGCAAGUCACGAUUUUCCAAGCGUCUGCCACGGUGUGCAAGCAGGGCGAGAAGAGCAACAGUCUGUAUGUGCUCAAGUCAGGGGAGAUGAAAACGUACUUUUCGUUGACCUGAGUUUAGAAACCUUUUAUCUACAACUUUUUGGCGCGGACGCAACGAACGCCACGACAGGUUGAGUGUUUGUGUUGCAUGUCAAAGUAAGUCAACCAACAUCACAGCUCCACCAAUGAGAUUUUCCGACCUGGUUCGUUUUUCGGCACCGACGCGUUACUCUCCGACUCCGCCGUGCACGCUUUCGACUGCACCGUCAGCCCCGACGGCCCGGCGGUCUGCAUCGAGGUAAAGCGAAGUCGGAUCGAGUUGCUUGACCAGGACAGUGGGUCUGCCGGGAGCUCGCCCAGGAGUUCACCCAGGGUGGUUGGCGGCGGGGCAACAUCUUCAGUACCGCAGCAAUCCUCGAAGUUCGCGACGGCGCUGCAAGAGUUGCACUUUUUCCACGUGUUGGAAACGGCUUUGAAAAACGAUUUGGGCGUGCACGUGCAGGAAUCAAGAGCGCACCUGCGAGAUUUGUCAAACUUUGUCCACUUGAUCAAUCUGGAGGGAAACGGCGCAGUGACCGACGUGAAGAAGCUUUUCCCUCUCUGCCGCUUUUUCAUCGUUCUUAGCGCGGUUAGCGGCCAGCUGGAAUUAGUUGGGGAUGAAAGAAAUCAUGGGGAGGAGGUGGUCGUGGAGAAGCUGGACGCCGGGAUGAGUCAUGGUAUAGUGGGUGCGGCUGUGUCUUUUGAUCUUGAUGCGCGGGAUGAUGAACCGCCCACCAUGCAGAUGCCGAUAGGGAUAGCACGGUCUCCGCCUGCUAAGAAAUCAUUUUGCAAAUUUAACUCAAUUCAAUGUUCAAGUUCUAUUAUCCAUACUCCUACAUGCCACAGGAAAACGGAAUCUCCUUGACGCGAGCCUACCCUUCAGCACGCUGGUGAAAAACUCGGCAAGUGGAAAAGCCUUACUAGGGGCGUUCAGUGCCGACGCGUUUGCGAGGCUAGGUGUCGGCGACGCCGAUUUCAACAACAGGCUAGCGACUCUGAAGAAAGUAACGAUCUUCAGGUGAGCGGGAUAAUUUGGGUCGGGUUGAAUUCGAAAAGGAAACACUAUAUUCGAUUUGUAAAAUCAAAUGUAAUAGAAGGCGCUAUUAACAGGACCGAUUAAUAAUGUGGUUACUGCUCUCGUCUUUUAUUGGAUUGGAGCAAGUGUGGCAUUACUUUCGCCUCAGUUUCUCUUGCUGAUGAUCCUUUACGGCGCCUCAGGUAUCUCUCCUCCGCCCAAACCGAGUCGAUGGUGCGCGCGUUCAAAGAACUUCCCCCGAUGGACCAAGGGGAUUUCGUGUUCAAGCAGGGCGAUGUGGGCGACAAAUUUUACAUCAUUAAGACCGGCGAAGUGAAAGCGCAACUCGACGACGGGCGGGUGCUCCGGACGAUGGGGAAAUCCGAUUACUUCGGGGAGCGCGCCUUGAUGUUCGAGGAGCCCAGGUCCGCUUCCAUCGUCGUGAACCAAUCCAACACGGUCUUGUGGACGCUGGACAAGUCCGAAUUCCUGAGGGAAUUCGGCGCAACCCCAAGCACUUCCAGCAGCUCGGGCGGGACAGCGGGCGUGGGUAGUAGUUCAGGAGGUGCUGGUGGGCCAACAACUCUUGCACAACAAGCGACAGCAGAAGACACGACAGGCGGGACAAAGACCACCAACAAAACCAACAUGCUGUCGCACCUGCAGUACAGGAUUCAGUUGCAAAAUACGUUUUUGAAGAAGGAGAACCUAACCACGGAGAAAUGCGUCGGGCGAGGGACGUUCGGCACGGUGAAGCUCGUUUUCGACAAGUCAACAAACGUCCGCUACGCGCUGAAAUGCGUCCGGAAGUCGGUUGUGCUGGAAAAGAAGCAGGAACAGUCCAUCCGGAUGGAGCGCGAGAUUCUCGCGGAAAAUGACCAUCCUUUUAUCGUCCACUUAGUCAGGACGUUCAAGGACAGCAAAUUUUUGUACUUUUUGACCGAACUCGUGACCGGCGGGGAGCUGUAUGACGCGAUUCGGGAGCUGGAUUUGCUGACGCGGGAACAAGCGCAGUUUUACCUCGGAUCGAUCUGUCUGGCGAUAGAUUAUUUGCACGAAAAAUCGAUUGCGUACCGGGAUUUGAAGCCGGAAAACGUGCUACUGGACAAUUCCGGGUACAUAAAGCUGAUCGACUUCGGGUGCGCGAAGAAACUCGGGGAUGCAGGUACAGCCUUUUAUUAAUAACAGGGUUUUGUUCUUCUUCCGUGUAGCUGCUCUAUGUCGAUAUUCUGCUCAAGCCAAGGCAGACGCAGAAAGGAAUUAAGUAUGUUGAGCACCAUCGAAAAGCUAGAUCAGCACAACCCUCAAAUAAAGUAAGUUAGUAAGUAAUUCAUAAACUACUAUUCCUCCACAGGUAAAGCUUUCACCCUGGUGGGCACGCCGCACUACAUGGCGCCGGAGGUGAUUCUGGGUCGCGGUUUAUCCUGAGUAAAAAUGUCGCCACACCAGAGUCAAGAUGGGAAAUCCGCUAGACAAAUCAACCAGCUUUCGCUGUUUCGCAUGACAGGUUUGCCGUCAUGGUGUGACCCUGUUUCGCUAGUUCAGCAGCAUCACAGAUGUAGCACAUCAUGCCGAUCCUAGCAUCACAAAUUCCAAAACAGGAUUAGAAAAUGACUCUCAUUGAGGUCAGCAUGAGAAACUUUUUUGGCAUGCAGAUCUGCAUGACAGCUCUGACCCACCCGCCCUGCGUGUCAAGCCAUCUCCUGCGGCCAUGGUACAAUGGGGGGGCAAAGUGUGUCGCAUUUUGUUUAGCAUGACAGCUCUGGGAUGGGGACACUUCUACUCAGCAUACGGUUACAACCAGAACGCGGACGUGUGGUCCAUGGGCGUUUGCCUCUACGAGUUCGUGUGCGGACCCCUGCCCUUCGGAAACGACGCGGGGGACGACCAGCUAGUGGUGUUUAAGGAGAUUCUCACGGGGAGACUACAUUUCCCCGACUACGUCACGGACAUCCCGGCGAUGGAGCUGAUAAAACGGCUCCUGUGCCGCACCCCGGAGUCGCGGAUCGGCUGCACGCUGCGCGGGUUCUGGGACGUGAAAGAGCACUCCUUUUUCGAAAACUUUUCCUUCGACCAGCUGAUGGGCCGGCAACUGCCCGCGCCACUGAUUCCGGACAAGGAAUACUACAGUAGUGACGUUGUGCCGGACGACCCCGCAGCGGAUGCAAAGGAGCCGGACAUCAGCUUUGCAUGGGAGGAAGUGUUCGAAUAGAUCCUGGAAGACUGGGCUCCUUUUGAUGAACAUGUGCAGCCGAGCUAGAACCGCCAGGGCGAAAAACAAUUUCCAAACGAAUUUAUUUUCGUUCUCGCCACUCUCGUUCCUCCUGCUGCUACAAAGUUCUUUGUUUCUGUCUGCGCAUUCAGACAAAAGCGCAAGUACCAAAUUUAUCUUCUGAACGAAGUGGAGUCUGUUGCAAGACUUCCAGCUUGUUGCACUGAUUUGCCCAUUUUCCAAGUUUGACAAUUUCGCGCCAUAAUGUUGAUAUAUGAUGAAGAUGCCAAAGUAGACAAUUAGCGACGAAAAAUAUCUUUCGGAUUUGCGAGGAAAAGUAGAAUGAACGAGGGCUUGAUAGUAUUGUUGUUAUGGUAUGUAGAUGUAUACGUAACGUGAACGCACAAGCAGGAGCCUGCUCCGCUAGUUUUUGAUGGAAGAUCAAGAUCACGAAAAAUAAAUUUUGCGAGCCUGUUUCAGGUUUCUAAAUGUACAACUAAAACAAGUGAGCGCGGUCUUGUUUUCAACUAUGAAUAUCAAAAAACAGCUACAGACUGCUUUCUUUGUCCAAUAAGUGAAAAAGUAGUAAGUGAAAGUGAUUGAU